AUGACAUUGCAGCCUGUGCAUCUUUUGAAGCGUUCCUCUCAAGACGCUGGGCGUCGGCUCGAUCGUCUGCGCACCUUCAUCAAAGACUGCUCUUUCGGUUUGAUUCGGCUCACCGAGGAUUCCAUACGUCAGGCCUUGAUCGCCAACCAAGGGACCAAGCCAACGCAUGAGGUUGGCGCUGACUCGGAGGCCAAGUUUUCCGGCGACUCUGCUGUCGACGCAGACGUCUCGGGGUCCGGUGCUGCGCGAGCCUUUGCCUCGCUGGCGUCAUCCGGCGUCGCGUCUGGCUCUGCGUCCGUUAACAACACCGAGUCCCUCUGCGGCCAGGUUGGCAAGUUGACGCAAGAGAACAGCGCCCUGAAGACCAUGCUCCGGCUGGAGGAGCACCGGCGCAAGAUGGUCUUCAACAUGAUGCAGGAGUACUUGGGCAACAUUCGCGUCUACUGCCGCUGUCGAGGCAUUCCGCAUGCGCCCAGUUGCGUCGAGGUGCGCUCGUCGGAUGCCAUCACACUUGCCCUCGGCCUCAGCCCCGCCGGCCUGGCAGCAGCCUCCGGCUCCGGCUACGCCGUCGGAGUGACCGGCCUCGGCAUCUCUGGCGCCGGAGGCGGCAGUGGGUCCGGCGGAGUCGGGGCUGUCGGCGGAUGCGGAGGCUCGGGCGGCGGGGUCGCCACGGAGGAGUACAAAUUUGAUCGCGUCUUCGAUGUGCACGCCACUCAGGCCGACGUGUACGCGGAGAUUUCGACGUUGGUCUGCUCCUUCUUGGACGGCUACAACGUCUGCUUCCUGACGUACGGAGGCGAGGCGAGCGGCAAGACGUACACGCUGUUGGGUGGACUGAACGGGGCGCCGGAGACGCAGGGCAUCGCUCAACGCGCCCUCCAGACGGUGCUGAAUGAGCGCGAGGCUCGGCGAGCCGAGUGGGACUGCCGACUGACGGUGGCCACGAUUGAAGUGUACAACGACACGUUCAUUGACCUCUUGAGCGGCGAGACGGGUCUGCACCUACGCGUCGACCUGGGCCUCGAGCGCAUGAUGGACUACCUGCACACGGUGCCCAUACAGACGGAACGCGAUGUCCACGACCUGCUUUGUGUGUGUCGUGUGCGUCGACGCACCGGCAAGACGGCGCUCAAUCCCACCUCGUCUCGGUCGCAUCUGGUGCUGCUCAUUCGACUGCACUCACGCUCCCGCCUCCACGACAACGAGUACUGCAGCGUGUUGGCGCUGUGCGAUCUGGCCGGUUUCGAGGACAUCAUCAAAGCCGACACUCUGGGCGACCCGACGCUGGCCAAGGAGGCG